GGUUUAUUUUAGAGAGUAACGAGACCCCUGACAUGGACUCCAGCUCUAGAUCUGUGUUUGAAUCCUGUUUGUGAGGCAGGGUGUGUGCUUGUGAUUAGCUGGGGAAUUAGAUUCCAUUUGGAUUAACACACAUGAGAGAACUGACAGAACCUGAAGAACAGGGCUGGUGGAAAACUGUUAGCAGAUCAUCCAAUCAAACCCCAGUGUUACAAUGCUGCUCGCUGUAGGAAGUUUUGUUCCUGAUAAUCAGGUGUGUCUAACAGGAAGAGCUGUUUCUCACAGGUAGAUGCUUUAGUAACAUCAGGGACCUGUUAAUACAAUUUCAAUCUAUAUUUUUAAGAAAUACAGGAUUUUCUGAUAACAUAGACAAAGAAAAAAUACCAAGACAAAGAGAGAUUUGAGUCUAAUUUUAAAGACAGUCCUUAGCUGCAGUUUGUUGUGACAGCAGUAAGUAAAAGUGAAAAUAAACUACAGAUUUAGCAGAAAUCAUUACUGAGUGCAGAACAAACUGAGGCAGAAUGGCGUCUGGAUCUUCUCCCCUGGAAGAGGAGCUCUCCUGUCCUGUGUGCUCUGAAAUCUUCAGGGAUCCUGUUGUCCUGAGUUGCAGUCACAGCUUCUGUAAGGCCUGUCUGCAGCAGUACUGGGAACAGAAGGGAUCUCGGGAGUGCCCAGUGUGCAGGAGAAGAUCUUCUAUGGAUCCACUUUUCCCUAACCUGUCUCUGAGGAAUAUCUGUGAGGCGUUCUUAAAGGAGAGAAGUCAGAGAGCUAAAGCAGGAUCUGAAGAACUCUGCAGUCUGCACAGUGAGAAACUCGAACUCUUUUGUUUGGUGGAUCAAAUACCCGUCUGCGUUGCCUGUCAGACUUCUACAAAGCAUGAAAACCACGAAGUGCGACCAGUUCAGGAGGUUGCAGAAGAGUAUAAGGAGAAACUCAGGACUGCACUGGCUCCACUGCAGGAGAAGCUAAAAGCCUUUAAUGAAGAGAAACUAACCUGUGGUCAAACAGCAGAGCACAUCAAGAGCCAGGCCCAGCACACAGAGAGACAGAUAAAGAUGGAGUUUGAAAAACUUCAGCAGUUACUAAAAAACGAAGAGGCAGCCAGGAUCACUGCACUGAGGGAGGAAGAGGAGCAGAAGAGUCAGAUGAUGAAGGAGAAGAUUGAGAAGAUGACAGAAGAGAUAUCAUCCCUUUCAAAACAAAUCAGAGCCAUAGAACAGGAGCUGGGAGCUGAAGACGUCUCAUUCCUGCAGCAAACUCCAUCCUCUCUCAUCAGAGCCCAGUGCACACUGGCGGAUCCAGAAAAGGUCUCAGGAGCGCUGAUUGAUGUGGCCAAGCACCUGGGCAAUCUGAUGUACAAAGUGUGGGAGAAGAUGAAGGGGACUGUUCAAUACACUCGUGUGAUUCUGGACCCAAACACAGCACAUCCCCUCCUCUCACUCUCUAAGGAUCUGACCAGUGUGAGAUGGAGUGAUGAGAGACAGCAGGUUCCUGAUAAUCCAGAGAGAUUUGAUGGGUGGCAGUGUGUGCUGGGCUCUGAGGGAUUCAGCUCAGGGAGACACUGCUGGGAUGUAGAGGUGGGAGGUGAUGACUGGUGGGUGGGUGUGGCUAAAGAGUCCUUCAGCAGGAAAGGGGAUGUGGAUCUGAGCCCAGAAGAAGGAGUGUGGGCUAUAAGGCAGCAAAGUAUGGAAUACGUAGCCCUGACCGCCCCAAAUUCAGACCUCACUGUGCAGGGGGAACUCCAGAGGGUCAGAGUGCAGCUGGACUGGGACAGGGGGGAGGUGUCAUUCUCUGACACCAGUAACAACACUCCUAUCCUCACUUUGAAACACUCCUCCACUGAGAGACUGUUUCCAUUAUUUGCUUGUAAAGUAAUAGGGUCACAUUUGAAGGUUCAUCCGCUGGAGGUAUCUGUAGCAGUGGGAUAGCACUGUGGGAUUGUGGGUAAAGAUCAUGUCUAAAUGAUUCUGUGUUUGCAGACAAUAUUGACAUUCAGAUAUUAAUCUAGUAAUGAAAUGUAUAUUUCAUGAUAAGCGUGUUGCUUCUUUGACAUAAUCUCAUAAUGUUAAUUUAGUGAGUAAAGCAUUUAAUUGUGUGUUGAGCUGAUUGGUCGUACCUGCAGCACAGUACCCUGAGUACAGAGGAGAGACUGAGUCUCAGAGCACUGCAGGGAGAUCAGAGCUUUUCACUGCUUACCUGCAUCAUGGACCAGCACUGCAUGGUUACUGAGCAACAUGAUAGAACAUCAUCAGAUAAGAGGUCCUGCUGUACUUAUGAAACACUGCACAAAUAAACUGCUGUACCUCAUCAACA